GUAGUCUGUGCUGUCAUUUUCUGAGGAACGAAACGUUAACAUUACGUCUUUCGCAAAACGGCGAAAGACAAAAACGCACGAAAAAUCAAAUUUUAUUUAGAAAAUACCUAAUAAUAGGUUUGAUUGGCUUGGAUAAAUAUGUCUUUUAUUACUAGAAAUGUUUUCCGUGCUUUGGUUCAGGGUUCCCAGUUGAGUAAGGGUCUGCACACAUCCGCGGUAAACGGAGACAAAAACGUAGGUUGUCGGGAGGUUAUUGGCAACUGGCACGAGAAUGCGAAGGAGGGCCGUAUCAAGUGCACGCUCAUCCCCGGGGACGGAGUGGGGCCCGAGCUGGUCUACUCCGUGCAGGAGGUGUUCAAGGCGGCGAACAUCCCAGUGGACUUCGAGCCGUUCUUCUUCUCGGAGGUGAACCCCACGCUCAGCGCGCCGCUUGAGGACGUCGUCAACUCCAUCGCACGGAACAAGAUCUGCAUCAAGGGCAUCCUGGCCACCCCAGACUUCUCGCACACGGGCGAGCUGCAAACCCUCAACAUGAAGCUGCGCUCAGCUCUGGACCUGUUCGCCAACGUGGUGCACGUGAAGUCGCUGCCCAACGUGAAGUGCCGCCACCACGACGUGGACUGCAUCAUCAUCCGCGAGCAGAUCGAGGGAGAGUACUCGGCGCUAGAACACGAGUCCGUGCCCGGCGUGGUGGAGUGCCUCAAGAUCAUCACGCGCGCCAAGUCGGAGCGCAUCGCCAAGUUCGCGUUCGACUACGCGGUGAAGCUCGGCCGCAAGAAGGUCACGGCGGUGCACAAGGCCAAUAUUAUGAAGCUCGGCGAUGGAUUGUUCCUUAAGAGUUGUGAGGAGAUGUCUAAAAUGUACCCUCGCAUCGAGUUCGAGAAGAUGAUCGUGGACAACUGCACCAUGCAGAUGGUGGCCAACCCGAACCAGUUCGACGUGAUGGUCACCCCCAACCUGUACGGGAAUAUUGUGGACAAUCUCGCCUCGGGAUUGGUGGGAGGAGCCGGCGUGGUGGCUGGAGCGUCGUAUAGCGCUGACUGCGCUGUGUUUGAACAGGGCGCCCGCCACGUGUUCUCCGGCGCGGUGGGCAAGAACAUCGCCAACCCGACCGCCAUGCUGAUGGCGUCCGCCAACCUUCUCGCGCACGUCAACUUGAGCACGUACAGCCGCCAGCUGAAGCAGGCUGUUUACACGGUACUGACCGACGGCAAGGUCAGGACGAAGGACCUGGGCGGUCAGAACACCACCAAGGACUUCACCAAUGCAGUCAUCCACUGCCUCACAUAGACAAACCACCGUUAGGGUGCCCGCACACGACCGACUUUUUGUAGGACAGGUAAUCGGGCAGAUUUUUCUCGCUUCUGAUUUACAUACGUUGCAAUAACGCAAUCAGUAAGUUUUAUUUUCCUCCUACAAAAAGUCGGUCACCGAUUAUCGGUCGUGUGAAGGCACCCUUAGUCAAACCUAUUUAUUGUACAAUUUCAUAGGACAAUAUUAGCUACCUGUUAGUAAAACCAUACCAUAGAUUUAAGAAUGCAUAUUUAUUUAGAAUCGAUGUGUAACACGUUUUUAAAUAGUAUUGAUCAUGAUUAUUAUUUAUUGUUUAUGUAUUAUAUUCCUUCAGUAUUGUUUUCGAUUAAUGAUGGUGUAAAAUGUUACCGGACUUGUAAAUAAAAACCGUCAGUGCGUUAAA